AUGGACAAGGAUUCAUCCCAGAGCAAAGGUGCACACCACGCAAGGCCUGGCUGGGCGCAUAGUGCCGAGAGUGGCACACCAACGGCAGGGGAGAGAGGGGGAGCCCAGGCCUUUCUUUCCGGCUGGUUCCCUCGCUUGGCCUUGUCUCCUACCACCAGUCGGCCCUCGGGGCCCUCGCCUGGCACGGCCCGCCCACCACGGUUUGGCCACCAAAGCCCUCACCCGCCCUGGCCAUCCCACCACCGGUCGGCCCCUGGGGAUCUCGACUGGCCGGGCCCACCCACCACCAGUCGACCCCCGGAGUCAUGGUCCGACCCGGCCCGCCCACCACCGGUCGGUCUCCAGAGCCCUCGCCCGGCCCAGCCACAACCGAUCGGCCCCCAGGGCCCUUGCGCCGCCCAGCCCGCCCACCACCGGUCGACCGCUGGGGCCCUUGUCUGCCCUGGCCCGCCCACCACCAGUCAGCCCCUGGGGCCCUCCUCCAGCCCAGCCUGCCCACCACUGGUUGGUUUCCAGGGCCCUCGCCCGGCCCCGCCCUACCACCACCAGUUUGCCCCUGGGUCUAUCGCUUGGCCCAGUCCUACCACCACAAGUCAACCCCCGGGGCCCUCGCCCAGCUUUGCCCACCCACCACCAGUUGGCACCCGGGGCCCUCAUCAGACCCGACCGGCCCACCACCAGCUGGCCCUUGGGGCCCUCACCCAGCUCUGUCCACCCACCACAGGUCGGCCCGCGGGGCUCUCACCCAGCCCGGCCCGCCCACCACAGGUCGGUCCACGGGGCCCUCGUCAGGCCCGGCCUGCCAACCACCGGUCGGCGCCCGAGGCCCUCUCCCGGCUCCUCCCACCCACCACCAGUCGGCCCCCAGGGCCCUUGUCCGGCCUGGCACGCCCACAACCGGUCGGCCCCCGGGGUUCUCGUCAGGCCCAGCCUGCCCACCACCAGUCGGUCCCCAGGGCCCUCCUCCGGCCCGGCGGGCCCACCACCGGUCGGCCCCCUGAGCCCUCGUCCGGCCUGGCACGCCCACAACUGGUCAGCCCCCGAGGCUCUUGUCAGGCCUGGCCCGCCCACCACCGGUCAGCUCCCGAGGCCCUCGCCCGGCUCCGCCUGCCCACCACCUGUCGGCCCCCAGGGUUCUCGUCAGGCCCAGCCUGCCCACCACCGGUCGGCUCCCGGGGCCCUCGUCCGGCCCUCCUGCCCACCCCUGGUCGGCCCACUGGGCCAUUGUCCAGCCCGGCCUGUCCACCACAGGUCGGUCCCCGGGGCCCUCGUCAGGCCCGGCCCACCCACGACCGGUCGGCCCCCUUGGCCCUCGCCCGGCCCGACCUGCCCACCUCCGGGCCCUCGCCCAGCUCCUCCCGCCCACCACCGGUCAGCCUGCAGGGCCCUCGUCCGGCACUGCCCGCCCACAACCGGUCGGCCCCCAGGGCCCUCGCCCAGCCUGGCCCGCCCACCACCGGUCAACCCCCAGGACCGUCUUCCAACCUGGCCCACCCACCACCGGUCAGCUCCCGGCGCCCUUGUCUGGCCCGUCCUACCCACCACCGGUCAGACUCCGGGGACCUCUCCCAGACUGGCCCGCCCACCACUGCUGGGCCCGCUUACCGCUGGUCGGACUCCGGGGCGCUCCUCUGGCCGGGCCCGCCCACCACAGCUUGGCCUGCCCACCACCAGUCGGCCCCCGGGGCCCUCGUCCGGCCUGGCCCGCCCACCACCGGUCAGCCCCCGGGGCCCUUGUCCGGCCGGGCCUGCCCACCACUGAUCAGCUGCACGGGCCCUCGUCCGGCCGGGCCUGCCCACCACCGGCUGAACUAUGACCGGUCGGUCUCAGGGGCCCUCGUCCGGCCCCGCACACCCACGACCGGACGGUCCACGGGCACUCGUCAGGCGGGGCCCACCAACGACCAGUUGGUCCCCAGGGCCGUCGUCCGUCUGGGCCCACCUAUGACCGGUCGGUUCCCAGGGCCCUCGUCUGGCCCUGCCCACCCACGACCGGUUGGUUGCCGGGGCCCUCGUCUGGCCCCACCCACCCUUGACUGGUCAGUCCCUGGGGCCGGAGCAGACGAGGUCCUCAGUGACCGACCGGUCUUGGGUGGGCGGGGCCAGUGA